ACCUCGGCACAUAGAAAAACCAGUUCACCAUGCUUGCAAACAAGAGCAGCUCUGUAGCAGAUAAGACUGCCGCCAGUGAGAUCGCCAUUGACCUUCCUCUAAAGAUACGCAUAUACAAGAACGCCUGGAUCGAGCAGGUCCUGCGCAGUCCCUUCGUGCCGGCGUCCGAGGACCCUGGCAACACCGGCGUCGCGACGAGGGACGUCGUCAUCGACCGAGAGGCCGGCGUGGCCUCUCGCCUGUUUCUACCUACCGGCGCCGUCGCAGCUGGCCGGAGGCUUCCCCUCAUCUUGUUCUUCCAUGGCGGUUCCUUCGCCGCCGGGGCGGCGGAGAGCGCGUUCUGCCGGACGUACCACCGUUACGCUACCUCCCUCGCCGCGCGCGCCAGGGCGCUCGUCGUGUCCGUGGAGUACCGUCUCGUGCCGGAGCAUCCCGUAACCGCGGCCUACGACGACGCCUGGACCGCGCUCCGGUGGGCGGCAUCCUCCGCUGACCCCUGGCUCCUGUACCACGCGGACGCCCGCCGCAUUUUCAUCGCCGGCGACGGCACCGGUGGUGACAUCGCCUACCGCACGGCCGCCGUACGCGUCAGCCGGGAUGGCGAGGACAUCGACAUCGACAUCGAGGGGCUACUUCUCAUCCAUCCCUACUUCUGGGAACCCGACUGGCCGCCUUCAGAAAAUGCCGGCCAUGGUGGCGGGUUUCUCACCACGUCGCAGGUGGCCGCGACCGCGUCACUGCCAUGCCGGCGUGCGCUGGUCGCCGUGGCCAACAAGCAGGGCGCCGUACGGGAACCCGGGCGCAGGUCUGCGGCACGCAUGCGCGGUUGCUGGUGGCGCGGCGAGGUGACCAUCGUGGAAUUGAACGGUGAGGACCACGCCUUGCACCUAUACAUGCCGGCGAGUGGUAGCACCGAGAGACUCAUGAACACCAUAAUCGAAUUCAUAAACAAGGAGAAGGUUGCACCAAACUUGUCUAACGGGCCAUGUAAGGCCGUGUCUGCAGAAGUUCCAAGAAGGGGACCUCUGACCAAGAGCUGCCUGUAGUGUGAUUCAACAUAGGGUUUACUAGUCACGCUUUCAUGACUUACUUUGCUAGUCUUUGAAGGGAUUUGCAUGGUUUUGCUACAAAGGAGGUAAAGAUCAGCAUGGACCUAUACGAACUUAUGCUUCACCACACAUGGUCUCGAAAGCACAGAUUUCGUUCAUCCUCACAUAUGUAUGGUAUGUGCGUGUCAGCAAAAUGGGAAAGGGGUACUAUAGAUUCCAUAAAUAACCAAUAUUUCACUUUA